CACUUAGAUUUAGACUAUGUAUUGUUAGAAAGUACACUUAGAUCUGUAAAUAUUAGAGUCCAGAUUGGUUCUACAUGAAUUGUGUGAAUUAUCGAUAGUCAAAUAAUUCCAUUCAAAAUGUGGAGAUAUCUUUAUUCAUUCUUCUCUUCCCCUAAUCAAAGGGUGUCUGAAUCAGGUGGAUCUAUUGGAGGAGCGUCAAACGCCAGCUUCGUAAGCGGUGCCAAAAGUCCGAAUAAGGCAAUGAUGAAGUUGCCUGACCAGGCCGCAAGAUCUACUAAUACGAACGAGAUACUAGCCUAUAGACCAAUCACAACAUCUGGAUUCGAGUUUCAUUUGGAAAAGAAUCGAGCGUUCGAAGCCUGCAACGUGACCGACAGCAUCGUUUACAAGGACAUAUCUCGACAAGAGAGCUGGUUAGAAAUGUUAGUUACAGAGGAGACCAUGGAACAGGUGGAUAGAAUCACCCAAGACAUGGCCGAUAAUAAAAACAUGAAAAGCCCGAAGCUGGUGCUCACCCUGAUAUCAAGUGCCCAGUACUUCAAACAUUGGAAGAGGCAGCAGGAUGUUGAAGACUUCCAGGACGGACUGAUGAAGGCAGCAAGCCUGACGGAGAUGUGGAUUCUUCUGGACACCCGUAACGAAGAGCUGACCGCCAUGAUCGGCGAAGCGAUCGCCAAAGAGAAAAGUCGCCGCAACAUCCUCAAGACGGAACAGAUGCUGGAGCGUUUCCCGACUCAGUCGCCGCUGCCGAAGCUGACGGUCAUUGGCGUGGUGCGGCAAAAUGACCUGAGCGGCCAUGCAGUCAAAAUCAAACAAGUGACAUCACCAGUGAAUGAAGGCUUGACGAUAACAGUAGAAGAUUCCCACAAUGAUAUAGACUCGCAAAGUCAACAGACCUUUGGUUUCUUGACUCAUAAGAUCGUGACUUCUAGAGACAUGCAGAACACGGCCAUCAACAGCUUCAUCCUGAAGCUAGAGCUGAACUUGAUGAAGCCUUUGGAGCAGGAUCGAACACACGUUGAAGCCGAGAAGAAGACAGACGGGCCCUCCACUCCUUUGAUUGGCUUGCUAAAAGAUGGCGGACUGGAGGACAUUGACCACGUGCUGGCGCUACUCAGGAAGAACGUUCCUGUGAUUGUAAUCUGUGGCCAGGGAAAAGCUGCAGGACUGUUGGCGUUUGCCUACAGGGCAGCUCAACAAAGCUAUGGCACGGACAACUACGAAACAUACGUGAAAACUGAGCUCCUGAACAGACUGUCGGAAUAUUUCCCCAAGGAGUUUCGUGACAACAGCCUCAGCAGGAAUCAGUACCGAGACAAGAUUCUCCAAUGUAUUGCCUAUGCCACACAGGGUGACUACGCUCUUCUAAGUUUGGUGGAAAGAAAUACGACCUAUGAACUCAAGGACCUAAGUAAAGUUAUCCUCAACGCUGUAAUCACAUCCCUCAACGCGCUUAGUGAAACCAUUGAAAGGGAGCAGCUCCUCAGCAACAUGCAGCUCAUCAUAGACUGGAUCCAGCCGGAGCUAGCAGUCACGGAAAUAUUCGAGAAAUACGGCGCAGACAAGUUCUGGAUAGAUGAUGACCAGUUUGAGCAGGUUCUGGUGAGACCUGGCAGACAGGAGUUCGUGGAACUGUUUCUGGACAGAGGAUUCUCUAUGUACAAGUAUUUGAAUCCACGCCGUUUGGAACAGCUGUUUGAGCGAUGCAGCGAUAAAGAUUUUUUCGUGACCACAUGUUUGGAGACUGUUUUGGGGGAGAAAAUGACAGAAGAAAGACCUAUCCCUGAGGACUUUGUGAGUGGUAAGGACAGUCACUUGAACCACAUUUUGGUCAUCUUAACUGGACUUCAACACUUGAUUGACCCACUUGAGCUGUCUCUCAACACUAGUGCCUAUAGGACAGAGGAUGUGGUCACGGCUGAACACAGGGCUCUUCAUGCAUUAAUUUACUGGGCAGUGCUGACCAACAAUCAGAAACUGGUCCGUAUUUUCUGGAGUCGAACCAACGAGCCCGUGGCAAUGGCUUUGGUGUUGUCCAAUAUCUACAAAAGGCUGUCACAACACUGGAUUUCAAACCACGACCUCAAAGAGAAAAUGAAGUCCACAGGCAUAAUGUACGGGCGCCUGGCUAUUCAGCUGCUGGACCUCUGCUUCAACGAGUCUGAAAGCCAGGCCCUGAGUUCCCUGACCACUAAGCUACUCCCCUUUAACAACUAUACCGUGAUGGACCUUGCCAUGAUUGGAAAGAACAAAUACUUCAUAGCCCACCCAUGCUGUCAGAAGCGUAUCUUUAACAUGUGGCACGGCCAUAUUAGAAUCAACCAGCGUCACGGUUUCCUGUCUGACAAUGUCAAGAUAGUCCUGUGUCUACUUUUGGUAUUGCCAACUUACUUUUGGAUUGAGACUGUCAGUGAGUCCAAGAAACCUUCUGGUUCUAAAUCAAAAACAAUAUGGAAAAAGCCUUCUUUGGCAGAAAAGAUAAGUCAAGGUAAGCUUCAAUUACUUUGCAAGGUGCCGUUUUUCAAUAAGUUGUACUUCCUGUGGAGGGCGCCUCUGGUGAAAUUUUGGUUGUCACAGAUUUUCUUCAUGGCGUUUUUGGUAUACUUUAUGUUUGCCAUGGCUGAGCCUUUCUGCGGAAAACAGUUUACAAACUGGCACGUGUCAGUUUGGCUUUUGGCCUACAUUUGUGACUAUCUGUACAUAGUCGUGGUCAGGAAACUGUACUGUGCAGAGUUGCCGAUCUUCGAGAGUAUGAGAGCUAUCGCUGUGUUCGCGUACACACUCACCAUCAUUGUUGUCUUUAGGUUGGCGUACCCUGGAUACUUAUCCUUCACAAUAGUCAAGACACUUUUAAGUUUCAGUUUGAUUUACUUCUGUUACCUGGCCAUGGGCUUUCUAUUUCCGGUCUCACCUGUGUAUGGCCCAAUGAUGGUCAAUACUGUUCUCAUGAUGAAACGAGACUUGAUCACGUGGUUAAAGAUGUGGAUGAUGACCUUAAUCUCUGGAGCGGUAGCGGUCCAGGCAGCAUUGUACCCAGCAUUCCCUCUUACAAUGUAUACCGUGCUGAAUGCCUUAAGGAGGGGCAUCUUCGCCAUUUUUAUGACUGAAGUUGCCGACAUCAGGGAAGGUGGUCAGUGUUCCUGCCUCUACAACUACACAUCAAGCUAUGGGUGUCAAACCUCGUCCAUUCCAUAUUCCGUGCAAGAGAAGCUAGAGAAGUGUGUCAACAACAGUACCGGCAGCUAUUUGAUCCUCCUGCAGUACAUCUUCAUCACCAAGCUGGUCUACGUCACUCUUAUCUUUACCGUAACAAGGGUAACUCUUGCCACGACCUACGAGAGAUCAGUGGAGAUCUGGAAGUAUCAGCUCUUCUUGAUUGUGGUGAACAACCAUUGGCGCCCCAUGCUCCCCGUACCACUGGUCCUGCUCUACUACCCUUUUGUCGUCAUCAAGUGCUGCUACCUCGUUCUGAAUUACAUCUGCAGAGCCUGGUGCCCUUGCUGUGCCAGGUCGAAAGAGAAGCCUGUCCGAGUCGGUGAUCUUAAUAUCUGGCGAGGUCUUAUGAGAAUGCAGAAGAAGAAUGAAAAACUGGAAAUGGAGAAGGUCAAUCAAGUCAGAACUGCUGAUGCAAGAUUGAAAGUAAUCUCCAAGGAUCAGAGCACCCAAAGCAAACAGAUGGAUAGUAUCAACGAUCGCUUGAUUGGCAUCAUCAACAGCCAGACGACAUUGUCCUUGACCCUGGAACACAUGAAGCAUGUGAUGGAAGAGCUAGGAAAUAAAAACUUCAAGACAGCCGGUGAUGUUUUGCCACUAAGAAGCCAGCACACCAGGUGUAGGAUGUCGCCAUAUCCGGGCACGUCCAUACGUCGUUAUCCAGUGUUUGACAAGAAUGUUUCCUGGGAGGAAAACUACCCAGCCUACGACCCGCCGGCGUUUUCUCGCCCAGAGGAGGAGUAUGAGGAGGACCGUCGUCCUUACCUUGACCCCAACAUGUUUGAGUUGCAAAAACAAAAGAUGGAGAGGGAGCGGCUAAAGGUCGAGGACGAGGAAGCCCCGCAAGAUGUCGCCUUCUCGCCCGAAUUCAACGCCGAAGUGGAGGCUAACACGUCUGCUGGGGAGAAGUAUGUGGUGGACAGGACCAGCUGGAUCACUAAAGAUGACCAACCCAUGCAAUACGUACUUGACACAAGCGGAGUUCCGAGAAAUCCCAUGGGGCGCACUGGUCUUCGAGGAAGAGGCAACCUGUGGAGGUGGGGGCCGAAUCAUAUGAUCUACGCCAUAGUGUCCCGCUGGAAGAGCGCCCCAAACGACAAUGACGUGGUUCCGACUCAUAAAAUGGUCAACGGCAUGAAGGUGAUGGAGAUCCUGGUGGUGCACAACGACCUUUUAAAUGAGGACUCUUUGCCUGGGGACUUUAUCAGCGGUAAGAACAGCAAAUACAAUGUGAUCUGUGAGGUGAUGAUGAGAGAUCUGCUAGGAGAGAAAGAUGUCCCUAGUAGCACACAGCUAGACCAGGAGGAUAUGAUUCAGUUUUUCAGGCAAUUUGUGGUCAGCGAUUUGUUGUCUGGGAUUCUGGGCCGGUCCAUCCCUGCCACGUCCAGCCUGAGCAGCACCCUGGUCUACAAGGGCUACAUGGAUGACAGCAAUAACACGGACAAUGCGUGGGUAGAGGCUGAGGUCUGGAACUUUCAUUAUCACAGCAGAGACAGACUGGACAACAAAAUUGUUUACAAAGAGAAACAUUGGCGUGAAGUUUCAUCCGUCCUUCAACUUGCUGGGAGUCAGCUGACUCAUGUCCUGGAUGUUGCCCGGAUGUAUGAAGAUGUCCGCAUAUGAUGCCGCGAUAGUGUCCCUUAUUUGUCAUUAAAGGGAAACUCUGAUGGUUUUGACAAUUUUUUUUAUAUAAUAUGUAAAUUUUGUGCAAUCAUAUUAUUUUCAUCAUACAAAAUUGCAGAAAGAGAAACAUUGGCGUGAAGUUUCGUCUGUCCUUCAACUUGUUGGAAGUCAGCUGACUCAUGUCCUGGACGUUGCCCGGAUGUAUGAAGAUGUCCGCAUAUGAUGCCGCGAUAGUGUCCCUUAUUUGUCCUUAAAAGGAAACUCUGAUGGUUUUGACAAUUUUUUUUAUAUAAUAUGUGUUUUGAUUUACAGAUAAUGAAUGUAUUAUUCUUUUUUUUUUAAUUUGCAAUAGUAACUUAGUAAUUGAUGUUUUUCUGGUGUAAUUUUCCUGCGCAUCCAAAACGAUCAGAUUUUUACCGGGUUUCUAUGUGACGUCACACUAACCUAUUAAUUAAAUCUAUUGACUUAUUGUAUAACGGGAGACCAUACAGUAAAUUUCACAUUCUCGUAAAAGAAUAUCUUCGUCUAUGCAGUUAGAUCUAUAUCUUGUAAGCAAAGAAAAAAUUGCGUGUUGAAAGUAGAUUUACAUGCUUGACUGACCACGGCAGUGAGUAUCUUCUCGCCUGACCACUCAACACACAUAAACACUAUCGCUUGGUUGUCUUGUCAUGACCGACUACAGGUGUCUAGACUAGCCUUACACUGACCAAUUUGUUCGAAUCAGUCAGACACACGAUCUAUUGACUUUUUAGGACAGGGCGGGGCUUAGAUGAAAAUGUUACUUUUUUUUCUCGAGUUGGUUAUCCUAAUGCUUUUAGAUCUAUCUCUCUUUAUAAAACUGUACCAUAGCUCUGGACUAGGCUGUCACUAAGCCUGACAGCUACUGUAAGAAUGAAGCGAUACGAUUGGCUAAAUAUAGUUUAUCUUUCAGUAUUGUUGAGGGAAGUGACGUUUGACUGAGCUAAAAACGAAAUUUCAAAGAACUCCGUUGCUGUUGUUGUUUUGGAGAUGUCAACAAUUUUCUGUCUAAUUUAUUAAAUAUAAAUGUUUCUAAGCAUUUAAAUACAAAAUGAUAAAAUGUUUACUAUUAGGCUACAACUUUUUUACGCAGAAUCUAAAUAUGUCAAUAACUCAAAUUUGAAAAACUAUCAGAGAUUCCCUUUAAAUGUUCCUCUCUUUAUUCAUAUCUUUUUUUCUUAUACUCAUUUGCCUUUCUCUCUCUCUCUCUCUUUCUCUAUUUAUCUAUCUCUUUAUCAUUUCUUUCGAUGUACAAAACUGUCUCCAUUCAAACCAUUGAUUAUGUGAAUGUUUUAACUAAUAAAUCAAUCUUCAAGUUUCAAU